AUGGACGACUUCUCCCGCCCGGCGAAGCGACAGCGACGCGAGAACGCCACUCCGUUAUCAUUUACAAUUGAUAUUCCUUUGCACCCCACCUAUCACAGGGGCACACACCCUCCUCCCAGCAAGAUUCAGCUGCUGCCCGAACAUAGCGACAAUACUGCCUACAUCGUCCAGAAGAUUAUCCAUCCCAGUGGCCGGAAGCUGCCUGAAAACGUACGAAAACGACCUUUUUACAUCAUAGGAUGGAAAGAUCCGGAGCUGCGAGAGGCCCGUGUUGGGGUGGAAUGCAUGCGCGCUUAUACAUACGUAUCACCGCGACAAGUGGAAGAGUUUGAAUACCAGGACUUGCUAGCGCGGGAGGCGGCCGAAGAGCAGCAGGCGCAAAAAGAGGUUGAUGCUUUGCUCGCACAGCAACAGCAGCAACAAGAGUCGCAAAAGGCCGGCGCGCCCAAGAAACGAGGUCGACCGGGUCGACCGCCGAAAAAGAAGACUACCGCAGAUGAAAAUGAUGGUCGCCGUGUCCCGUCACUUUCCACGCCGCAGAAAAGUCGGCUCAACCUAUCUGCCGAUAACCUGCAGGACUUGCAAAACGAAAUGGAGGAUCGCAUACGCAGUCAGAACAGUAUCAUGGUACUAGGUGAAGACGAAGACGAGGAAGCCGAGGAGGAUGACGAGGAUGAGGAUGAAGACGAAAUGCUCCAGCGCGUGCUCCUACAACAAGCAGAAAGGAACAACAAGGCCGACCGUCUAGAUACAGACUUCACAAUCGCAAUACCCAGCCGACCUCCUGCACGAACACAGCCGGCGUCUCGCAGAGGUCGUGGACCAGGCCGUCCUCCCAAGGUCAAGUCACUUGACACACCUCAGACCACUGUCCCACAGGCGGAGCCCAGCAGGCCAAGGCCAGGUGUUAGGCCCACCAGAGGCCCGAAACAGCGGGUUCCAGAUCGUUCAUCGGCACGUAUUCCAGAAAGUAGAGAAAUCACACCGGCGCCUUCUCUGUCCGAAUCAACUAUCGUGGCACGUCCAACUUUCACGAAGCAGCCGUCACUGAUCUCCGUACAUGAUAGUUCCAUAUCCUCCCGGUCUAGCGGCUCCCCCAGAGAUGUAUCUGUCCAAAGGGGGACUCUCGCCAAAACUAAACGCGAAUCCACCACCCCCAUCCCAUUACCGUCCUACGUCAGAUCUAUACCGAAGGAUGCGCCUCCCACUUCGAGGUCCCCGCCUCUACCAAAGGCGCAGAAAGAUGAAGCACCUAACGAAGAUGCAAUGGCUGUGGACAUGCCUGAUGAGUGGGAGGUUUUGCGGCUUGAAGGCUUCAAAGUGGAGGAACACAAUGGCAAGAAGACUCGCUUUUUCAAAGUCAGGUGGAAGGGUGACUGGCCCGCCGACCAGAACCCGUCGUGGGAAUCCGAGGAUUGCAUAGAUCGCGACACGGUCAGAGAAUUUCUGAGGCUUUGCAAAGAAAAGAAAAAGGAAGCUUCCACAAAGCCCCAUUUAGGAACAUCUACAGCCUCACCAGGACCGGUCACUGCCAAGACGCAAGGGACGCUCAACGGAUGGCUGCAGCCUGGGAGAGGUGCUGCGCCUGCGUCUUAG